AUGGCUGCCACAAAAGGUCUUGAAAGAGCUUGCCUUGUGAGUGAGAGAGACACCAAGAAGUACUCCUUGGCCCUAGACAGGAUGAGCUGGCAUCAGAAGAAUUUAAAUGAAGAGAGGCAGCAGCAGGAAGCAGAAGUUACUGAAGCUAAUCCGGCAUAUCACUGUCACAGCUACUCACGGGCCUAUGAGAACAGAAAAAGGGAGCAGCAUCAAGCCAGGAGGAAGCUCUGUUUAGCAUCAGUAAUUUGCAUCCUCUUCAUGAUUGCUGAGAUUACAGGUGGGCAGAUCGCCGGGAGCCUGGCAGUGAUCACGGAUGCGGCACACAUACUUGUGGACCUGACGAGCUUCCUCAUCAGCCUCUUCUCGCUGUGGAUCGCCUCCAAACCUCCCACCAAACAGUUCACUUUUGGGUGGCACCGAGCAGAAAUUCUGGGAGCUUUGGUGUCUAUGCUGAUCAUUUGGAUGGUGACUGGUGUGUUGGCAUACUUGUCUAGCAUGAGGCUGCUACACCCCAAUUACAAUAUUGAUGCUCCAGUGAUGCUCAUUACCUCUGCUUGUGCCGUGCUCGCCAACAUCCUACUGAGCCUGAUUCUGCAUCAGACUGGCCACGGGCACAGCCAUGGGGCACAGGCCAGGGAGCAUAUGUUGUCCCCUCUGGACAAGCCAGCCCUGAGCAACACCAGUUUGCGGGCAGCCUUUGUGCAUGCCAUCGGAGACCUGUUCCAGAGUAUUAGUGUGCUAAUUAGUGCACUUAUCAUCUUCUUUAAGGAGGAUACUUUGGUGUCUCUCUCUUUCUUCUUACAUAGCACCUUCAUUCCUGGUGCUGAGGCUCCCUAACUGGCAAAGGAGCCGGAAUACAAAAUAGCUGAUCCCAUCUGCACAUUUGUGUUUUCCAUCUUUGUUUUGGCAACAACCAUCACCAUUUUAAGGGAUAUUUUGGUUGUGUUAAUGGAAGGAACAUCAAAAGGAUUUGGUUAUGAUGCAGUGAAAGCAAGAAUUUUAGCAGUUGAGAAAGUGGAGUCUGUUCACAACCUUCAUCUUUGGUCCCUGACAACAAAUCAGACUCUCCUAUCUGCCCAUGUUGCCACAGCAGACACAGCAGACAGCCAGAAGGUUUUAAGAGAUAUUACUCAAGCCCUGUUUGAGCACUACGGCUUCCACUCCAUCACCAUUCAGAUUGAACGGGGAGAGGAUCAGAAACAAGACUGUGUCUUCUGCCAAGAGCCCAGUGAUUAA